AUGAUUAUACCUUUGGUUUCAAUACGCAAAAGAUUGAAUAAUUACAAAAACUCUAGCUCAGUUUUUUCUGGGGAUGGUUCAUCCUCCAGGUCAGGCUCCACUGGCUUAGACCCUACAGGGUAUUAUCCGAAUGGUUAUUGCGCCCCUUAUUUGGACCCUUCUGGGUAUUAUAUCUCUGGAGAUGGAUCUUUGGAUUCAGAUUGUUCUGAUUCUAGCUCAGUUGACUUUAACCCAUCUAUUAUAGCGUCAGCUGUGACUCUGAAACGCACAGCAACAACAACAGCAACAACAGCUUCUGUUGCUGUAUCUGCUUCAGUUUCAGCAUUUGUUUCAGCAUUUGCUUCUGCUUCUGCUGUCGGUACAGCCACGUCUAUUUCUGCAUAUACCUCCAGUGAUGCUAUUUCUUAUGGAAACAAUGCUGCGCCAAGCCAUAAUAGAGGUGGUUGGAAUAACAAAUGGCUAUUAAUGUUGUUAAUUCUUUUACCCCUUUUGAUUUCAUUGAUUUAUUACUGCCAUCGUCGUUACACAAGAAGAAAACAAGUUGCUGGUUGUCACUUGAAAAGAAAUUUGAAUCACGAAAGAGUUUUUGAAUCCAAACACCAGCUUCAAACUGGCCUGGAGGUAACUACUAAAGCAUUUGCUGCAUCUACAGAAAUUAUUGAAAGUGGCAUGGUAAAUAGCAAUAUGUUUACUAGACACAAUAGCAAUAUAGAAAUUGAAGAAGUUGGAGAUGCAAUUGUUACAACAACUGAAAUGAAUUUUGCACAUAAUACUUCUCAAGAACCUAUGGAACCGCCACCAGCCUAUACUAGAUGA